UUCCCGGCGUCAAUUUAGUGGCGGGAAAAGCGACGUCUUCUGAACGGCCUUUUCCUGCUGAGUGGUAGCCUUUCCCCUCAACCAGCAAUGGAGGAACAGCCCCAGAUGCAAGCCGCCGACGAGCCCGCGGACUCCGGAGAGGAAGGCGGGGCAGGCGGGCCGCCGCAGGUCGCCGGCGCCCACGCGGCGCCUAGCGAGGACCGCAUGACCCUGCUCCUCAGGCUGAGAGCGCAGACAAAACAACAGCUCUUAGAAUAUAAAUCAAUGAUUGAUGCAAAUGAAGAAAAAACUCCAGAACAAAUUAUGCAAGAAAAGCAAAUCGAAGCUAAAAUUGAAGACCUGGAAAAUGAAAUUGAAGAGGUGAAAAUUUCUUUUGAGAUAAAAAAGCUUGCAUUAGACAGGAUGAGACUUUCAGCUGCACUUAAAAAAAACCUGGAGAAAAUUAGCACCCAGUCUAGUGUGCUCAUGGAUAACAUGAAACACCUAUUAGAGCUAAAUAAAUUAAUAAUGAAAUCACAGCAGGAAUCUUGGGAUUUAGAGGAAAAACUGCUUGAUAUUAGAAAGAAGAGAUUACAAUUAAAACAAGCUUCAGAAAGUAAGCUUUUAGAAAUACAGACUGAAAAGAACAAACAGAAGAUUGAUUUGGACAGUAUGGAAAACUCAGACAGGAUAAAGAUCAUACGACAAAACCUACAGAUGGAGAUAAAAAUUACUACCGUUAUUCAACAUGUGUUCCAGAACCUUAUUUUGGGGAGUAAAGUCAAUUGGGCAGAGGAUCCUGCCCUUAAGGAAAUUGUUCUGCAGCUUGAGAAGAAUGUCGACAUGAUGUAAUAAGAAUUCAUUUCUGACGUAUUUUACAUUUUUGGCAAUCCCAACUCUUAUUUGGAAUAUUUCUGUGCAUUUGUUUGUCCACCAUAAUUUUAGAAAAACAUAUCCAUAACAUUUACAGUUGUACAGUUGUAGUUAGUUAUUUGUAGUGGGAUUGAAAGUAAUUUUUUUCUUUUUGUAUUUCUAUAUUUAGUUUGCUUUUUUUUUUUGAGACGGAGUCUCACUCUGUCACCCCGACUGGAGUGCAGUGGUGCGAUCUCAGCUCAUUGCAACCUCUGCCUCCCGGGUUUAAGCACUUCUCCUGAGUAGCUGGGACUAAAGGUGCACACCGCCAUGCCCGGCUAAUUUUUUGUAUUUUAGCAGAGACAGGGUUUCACCGUGUUGCCCAGGCUGGUCUCGGAACUCGUCAGCUCAGGCAAUCCGCCGCCUCGGCCUACCAAAGUGCUAAGAUUACAGGUGUAAGCCCCUGAACCUGGCCUAGUUUGCAUUUCUUUUCUAUCAGUUUUGCAAGUUAAGGAAUAAAAGGAAUUAAUGUUAA